AUGAAAGAAAAACUUUUAUCAAAUCCAAUUAAAAUUGAUAUUGAUAUGCAAAAUAAACUAGAACGUCUUUCAUUAAUUUCGUUUCAAAAUGAAAAAACAAUAAAAAAAGUUGAACAGACUAUACAUUCAUCGAAUAUUAUACAUCAGGCAAAUGUUGAUCAUCUUCAACCAUUAUAUACCUUAGUUGAAACAGAAUUAUGUCCUUUAAGACAAACAGAUACAAUAUCAAUUGAAAAAACUCUUCAAACUAAACAAGUACUUGAAAAUGCUUCAAACACGUAUGAAGAAUAUUUGGUUGCACCUAUGAUUGGCAAACGGGAAUCACAAACUGUUGAAAAAGUUGAUAAAACAAAAUUAUAG